GGUGAUAAUAUCCCCACGCAGCGCCUAGAGGACCCAGUGCUGUCUCCAGCUCCUUCCACAUCUGCAGGCGCGGCCAGACGCGCUCCGCCCUCUGCGCGCUCCGCUGGACUCGGCUCGCUCCGCUCACCCGCGCUGCUUCGCCUGCCUCCUGCGGGAACCAGGCUGCCGCUGCGGGGGUCGAUCCUGCACGCACCGCGCUGUGGAUCCCGUCAUUCACCCAGAGGAGAGGCUCAGGGACACGCACAAGGGACCCGAGGAGGAGGCUUCCAUCUCGUCAUUGCAGGAUGUUGUGGAAGCUGUCGCUGACCUUGCUCCUGGUGGCUGUGCUAGUAAAGGUAGCCGAAGCCCGGAAGAACCGGCCUGCAGGCGCCAUCCCCUCACCUUACAAGGAUGGCAGCAGCAACAACUCAGAGAGAUGGCAUCACCAGAUCAAAGAGGUGCUGGCCUCCAGCCAGGAGGCGCUCGUGGUCACCGAGCGCAAGUACCUCAAGAGUGACUGGUGCAAGACACAGCCGCUGCGGCAGACGGUGAGCGAGGAGGGAUGUCGCAGCCGCACCAUCCUCAACCGCUUCUGCUACGGCCAGUGCAACUCCUUCUACAUCCCGCGGCACGUGAAGAAGGAGGAGGACUCCUUCCAGUCCUGCGCCUUCUGCAAGCCCCAGCGCGUCACCUCCGUCAUUGUGGAGCUCGAAUGUCCUGGUCUCGACCCCCCUUUCCGAAUCAAGAAAAUCCAGAAGGUGAAGCAUUGCCGGUGCAUGUCCGUGAACCUGAAUGACUCCGACAAGCAGUGAACUCAUCCGGGCAGGAUGCUGCUCAGCCUCGAGCACCCUCGCCCCCGGGUCGCACCACCGUCACUUCUGUCGAGCUCACUCACACUCUGCCCGGUGUCCCUGUCAGCACCAAAUGCGUCUCUUAGGGCCAACAGUGUCCUCGUCACAAAUGUGGACCGCAGGUGGAGCUUUGUCGACGUGUCUGAGAUCCAUCCCAGGCCACACUUGUGUCUCCAAAUGCAGGCUGUGGUUCAGACACAGAAGAUGCAGGAAAACUCCACUCCCAGCAACUAAACAGGACUUUUCAGGCAAUGCACUGUCGAUCCGGGAUUGACAUUUCCAGCACGUGGAAAGCCAGCCUUUCCCUGGCCACGUCCUACACUCCAGCUCGACCCUUCCCUGGUGAAGGAUGCAUUACUCUUCUGUCGCAAACUUCUGUUGGCCACCAGACCGCUGUGGUGUGGGCAUUCAUUCUUCUGAUCGGGGAGCUGCCCUGCUCUGCCGCUGCUGUUAUGCCGAUGCGGGCAGUAUCCGUAAAGGAGAUGCUCACCCGCGAGGGGUCUCCGAACGAACCUGAUCCCACCAGGACAACGCGAGCUAAGGGGAUCAGGAAACGGACUUUUCCUGGGGACUUUGAUGAGCAGGCCAGAUCCUCCACACCUCUAGACACCACCGACUCUUCUUUCUUGCUCCUCAUAGCCCCCAUCGGUGGACUCAAGAUGAACUCUGGUGCGCAUACUAUUCCCACUGCCAUUAGCCUGUUACCCACACACAAGGUCUCUUUAUUAACGUCAGUUUUAUAAUUGACCUAUCAUGUAAAAAACGGUUAAAAGUAUUAUCAACCUAUUCAUAUAGCAAGUCACGUGUUUGGACUCCGGCUAUGCAGCACCAUUCUGAAUAGGGUAGAGCCAAGGAGUGGUCUGUGUAAAAGGUAUUAUACGAGGAAAUAUUGCCAGGUCAGUAAUUCACUGCCAUACACCCUAUAUUUCCCCCCCCCCCCCACACUAAGCAUGGAAGAGGGACACAUCAUGAUUUUACUUGUAAUAUGACAUCACAGAAGACACUAAAGCAUGGCGGCAUAGUGUAGAAAUCAGACUGGGACAGGUGGUCUACAGAGGAGUCACUGAGAAGCUGCAUAGCUUGACAGGCACAUGUGACGUGGGACCUGGUACUGUUUUCACAGCCAUCACAGUAAGCCAAAAUUUUUUUUUCUAUUGCGAGAUAUGUGGUAUUGAGACAUUUUGUGGCACAGGCAGAAAUACUACCCAAAUACAGAGGGUAGUAAUGUAGUUGAACUGUCACUCAGAGGAUAGCUUCCUUCACAAAGAAUAGAUCCCAAAAAAUGCCAAGAAACAUUUCAAUCACCUGUUGACUUUCCUGAUGAGUUGUUGAAGUCUCUGUCAUACGGUCUUUUGACGUGAAAAUAAAUUAUUAAAAUAAUUUAUUUUCCUCCAAAAAGUAUGUUCAAGUUCAAUCUCUUUGUGAAAUUGUCCUGUAGAGGCCUCCCUGUGAAUGACAUGUACUGAGUCUGACAAAUGUGAAUAAGAAGCCAUUGGUGGAAAUCAGAAUGUGCUAAAAUCCUUUGGAUGGUAAUUUCUGAGUGUGUGCUCUUGCCCCAAAGUGGGUUUUCUAGUAUGUGAGGGAGACCACACAGAAGCUGCUUAGAGACUCAGGCUUCUGGACGCUUGGCAAUCAUGCUAGCUUUCCAACCUGCCACCUGGAGGAGGAGGCUUGGGAUGAGCUGGGGUGGGUGUGCCACUGACUCUUUUGCCUGAGUUGCAAUGCAAGGUUUCUAGUUCAGUUAUUUCUGCCACACAAUAAGCCCUGAGCAUAGACUGUGUGGCUUUGGAGAGGAUAUUAGCUUCAGAAAUGGGAGUGAGCAGCCUGGAAUCAGGAGAAAGACACAAAAAGAAGUGGAGAACUCUAGAGGGCUAGACUCCCCAAGGAUGGAGGUAAAAAGUGAAGAGGGUGGUGGCCGAGGUCAGAGCUGCAAUUUUCAGUUUUAGCAGGAAAUCCCAAGCUAGAGCCAGAGCAGAACCUACAGCAGAAAAGCUGUGAAGGAGAGGAGAUGGGUGUCCUUGAUGGAAGAUGAUGACGUAAUAACCAGAGUGGAGAGGAGAAGAGUCUCACACCCAGCUGCACAAACAAGCCUUGUCAAUAGUACCCACACAAGUAGAGGAGGAGUUAAGCUAGGAACCCACAAAACAUAUAUGUGAGCACUCUUUUCUGAUCCCAAUUGUGGGUAUACCCAUGAAAGAAAUAUGAUGUGCUGUGGUCUGGGGCUACUUCUUGGAUUAUUGUAUGUAUAAAGUUUACCUUCAAAUGGCUCAAAUUGUAUUUAAAUUUUGUCUUGUUUAUAAAUGAAGAAAAGCUAUAAGUAUAAUGUAAUUAUUUUAUAGGUAUACUAUUAAGUUAUAGAACAAAUAAAGAUACUCUAGGAUUAUAUGUGACCCUGGUGUCACGUGCCAUAAAAGCCGAAUUCUGUAAAGGAUCUUGGUGCACUCGGUGCAUUAAUCCAACCUCUGGGAGUUCACCCCUGGCCCAUGUCACAAACUGUCCUUGGGGGCUUGAAAUUUUCUAAGAGAAUCAGAAGCAGCAUGGAACAAGCAGAAUUGGUGGAGAUGGCUCUUAGUCCCAGUCUAUACGAGCUUCAUGCUUUUUCCAAGACACCCAGCAGUGGAACACAGGAUGUACUCACAGUGUUCUUGGAAUGAGAGCUAUUGAGUGAGGAAGCUUUGAGAGACAGAUGCAAAGAGAAGUCACUGUAAGUCUCACCUUCUCUCUUGUAGCCAGUACACCACACUCGUGUCUUACAGAAGCCAGAAAUUGUUUGAAGCUUUUGUUUAAUUUUGUGUUUAUUUUCCACAGGUUUCAACAUUUCUCAAUUUAAACACAUCUCAGUUUCACAGUGUUGUCAUUUCCCUGCAAACUGAAUUAUCUGCCAUUUAAAAAAAAAUGCAAUGAUCAAUAAAAAAUAAAAACCUUAAUAAAAUUA